AAUUUCUCGUUACUGGGCCGAGAAGCCCGAUAAGCCGAUGACGGCGUCGAUCGCCUUAAAAACACGGCGAGGAAACACCGGCUUUCCUGCCUUGGAUCUCUUUGACGGCUAGUUCCCAAAAAGAAUCGAUCAAGAAAUGGCCGGCGGGACGGCGUCGGCGCCCUGGAAGCCCCUCCUCCUCAAAGCCUUGGACUCCAACUCCCACCUCAAACAUUCCGCAUUCUUCCAACUCGCAACGAUUGGCUCUAAUGGAAGACCUGCGAAUCGGACCGUGGUCUUCAGGGGAUUCCAGGAGAAUUGCGAUAAGAUUCAGAUCAAUACGGACGUUCGGAGCAGCAAGAUUGAGGACAUCAAGCGUUGCCCUUUCGGAGAGAUAUGUUGGUAUUUCACAGACUCUUGGGAGCAGUUCCGAAUCAGUGGAAGGAUUGAUAUCAUUAAUGGGUCAAAUUCAGACCCUUUGAAGCUUCAGCAGAGAGAGAAAGCUUGGUUUGCAAGUUCCCCAAAGUCAAGAUUACAGUACCUAGGACCUACACCUGGUCUUCCAGUUAUUAACGAAAAUCCUGGAGCAGAGAAUCAACUUGAUUCAUCCGCUGGCCCAGUUGAUGCAUUCUGUCUGUUAAUUCUUGACCCAGAACAGUGAAUUGAAGUUCUAUAUGUGCAAUAAUUGAACAAUCACACACUAUGACCACGUUUUAAGGCAUUUGGGAGCUUCAUCAAUUUGCUUGUGCUAUUGCUUUCAUAUACACUUGAAACAACUUGUAAUUAUCAAUAUAUUUGAAGUUAAAAUUGAUGAAGCACUAACAAAUUAGCACUUAACAAUGUGGUAGAUUUCUGCUUUUUUAUUUAUUUAUUUAAUAGAGGAUGAAGAAUGUCGAGAAAUAUUUUAUUUAAUAUUUCUUUAUUUCCAUAGUAAAUUAAUAUAAACAAUUUGGGUUUUUUCUUUAAUGUGUCCAGAUAGCUCCUUUUCUCCUGUUCCAGAUCAGACACUUUGAUUUGCAUCUGGAUUUAAUUGUUCAUCCAUGAUGCAAACAAGGAGUCAGUAAAAGAAAAAUUUAGCUGCAUGCAUUACAUGGCACAUUUAUUAAAUGCCUGCCAUAAUAUACAUACAGCACUUGGCUACUUAGAUGAUUACACCCACUUUUGAUUAAUGCACUGUAACUUCUUGUCUAUAAAGAAGGCUUGUUUUCCUUUUGGCACUUUGCAAAAGAAUGAAAGAUGGUAAAACAAUUUCAAAGUGGUAUCCAAUAUCACUCCCUCUUUGUAAUACUUAAUUUGACAGAUCUUCCACUAGGCUGGAUCCCUAUCAGCCAAUUUAUCAGCCAAUGCAUACUUUCAAGACCUGCUUUUUCUCUCACCCCAUUGCAUUCUCUCCUACAGUUCAUAAGAUUAUCCAUUUUUUUUCCUCUUUUUUUUGUCUUUAUCAACUGUUACAAUUAACUCCCAACUAUUUCAACCUCAAUUAAUUUGCUAUGUCUCCAACCCCUCCCCUCCCCCCACCUUGAUGCCAAACAACUAUAUACGAUCCAAGAUGAAAUUUCAGAGUCAUUCCCUUUUUGAAGACAAUCAAAUAGCACAAUGGUCAUUUUCACUCUUGGUGGUCAAACCAAGUUUAAAAAAUCUGACAGCAGUCAAUGGAUAGGGUUUUUUGUGGAAUCUCUUUCAACACCUAGAACACCCAAAGCAUGAAUUUUAGUUCAGUCAAUAAUGAACUGAAGUACAAAUGCAUGUAUUGCAAACAAAUGAAGUACCAAUUCAUCCAUCG